AUGGAAAUAAUACUUCAAAAUUUAAACACUAAGAAACUUAUUAAUAUCAUAAUUAAUAGAUAUGCAGCAGUUGAAAAAACAUUAGUUGGAGAAGCAAUUGCAAAUCAAUAUGAUUAUCAGUUUAUUGAUUCUAGGUUAUUUUAUCAAUAUGUUGGCUAUUACUAUAAUGAUUACUCAAUUAACCAAAUUAAACAAAUCUUCACUAAAGAAAAGAUAUUGGAAUUGAUUAAUUCUGUCAAAUAUCUUAAUAAAGAACAAUAUCAAGAAUCAGAAAUUAGAGCAGCUCAAAUAUUAACAAAUGAUGAAUUAUAUAAUAUUAUAAAUGAAAUGAUUAGAAAAAUAGUUAAAAACAAAGGAUUUGUUAUAGUUAGUCAUGAUAUUACUACACUCUGUUUACCUGACACUGAAGUAAAAAUAAUUUUAUCAGCAGAUGUGAAAACUCAUGUAGUUCAAUGUAUUUUUCAACCAAAUUCUCAAGAUUAUACUAAUAUUUUCAAUAAUAUUUUAGAAUGA